AUGAGGCUCCUCAAGAUGAAGUUCUCACUCGCUGUGUUGGCACUCCCGGUUGCAGUCCAGGCUGCGCACUACUCCAAGUCGGAGUAUGCCUCUGGCGCAAUUCAUCAGAAGUUGAUGAAGUUGAAGAGUGAUCAAUGGGAAGUUGACGCAGCCCAAGGCAAGCAAGACUCUCAGCAGUGGAAGUCUUUCAAGAGCUUGAAGAAGGGGCCUCAUGGACCUGACAAGGCCAAGCGUGUCCAAUGCAAGGAUGGUCUCGCUAUCGUCGAGCAGGGCAAUGCGAACCAGACGUUCAGGUGUAACAACAUGGACCUCUACGACUUUGUUAACCACGCCGACAUGGGAGGCCCUGAAGGCCAGGGUAGCUCUUCAUGGGGCUGGACCGCUCGCAACGGCCGUGAGUUCGGUAUUGUAGGCCAGUUCUCCGGCGCUGCGUUCGUCGAGAUUCUCAAGGACGGUCAAAUCCAGUACAUGGGCCGCCUUCCCGCACAAAGUGUGGGUUCGCGAUGGCGCGAGAUUCGCGUACUGAACGACUAUGUCAUCAUCGGCUCUGAGGCCGUUGGUCACAACGUUCAGAUCUUCGACAUGAAGAAGCUUCUGACUGUCGACCCAAAGACCCCGAAGACAUUCGACCCCAAGGCCGACCUCGUUGGUCUGUUCGACGAACUGCCCAUCGGCCGCACACACAACGUUGUUGUCGACUGGGACAACGAGUACAUCCUCGCUGUCGGUGCCCAGCCCCGAAACCAGACAUGCAAGGCUGGUCUCCAGUACAUCGACCUCAAGAACCCUAGCAAGCCAACCUCUCCCGGUUGUGCUAGCCAGGACGGAUACGUCCACGAUGCCCAGUGUGUCACCUACAACGGUCCCGACCGCAAGUUCCGCGGCCGCAACAUCUGCAUCGGCUACAACGAAGACACCAUGACCGUCUACGACUCCACCAUGAAGAACGGCAACCCCGCCUCUGAGGUCAUCUCCACCCUCUCUUACCCUGGUGCUACCUACUGCCAUCAAGGAUGGUGGACCGAGCGCAACUGGCACCAGUACGUCCUCCUGAACGACGAGCUCGAUGAGCAGGAAGCCGUCGGUCCCGCUGCGUCCGGCCGCCCCGUCACCCACAUCAUCGACCUUACCGACCUCCGCAACCCCAAGGCCACUGGUACUUUCUACGCCACCGACAGCAAGGGUAUCGACCACAACCUCUACAUCGUCGACGGCCUCGCCUACCAGAGCAACUACGGCGCUGGUAUCUGGGUACACGAUGUCCGCAGCAUCAGCAAGGACCCCACCGGAAAGGGCGUCAAGACCGAGGGCUUCUUCGACAUCUACCCCGAGGAUGACUCUGUUGGCGGUAUCGUUCAGUUCGUUGGUACUUGGUCUCACUUCUUGUUCCCCUCUGGAUACAUCUUGGUCAACACCAUCGAGCGUGGUGCAUUCACCGUCAAGCUCGCCAAGGGUCGCGGAGCUAAGCGCGGUCCGGGCUUCGGUGGAAAGUCCAAGGGCCAGGGCAGGUAA